AUGGAAGACUUCAAGCGGUCACACACAAGCCAAGAGAACGCGAGGGAGGCGACGGAAAACGGGCUGGAAAAGACGACAGCCUCUCACCUCGUCACAGAUAGCAUGGACGUGGAAUUACAGGACCUGCCUUUGGGUCCUCUCGACGACGGACUCCAGGAUACUUUGGUGAGUCGUGGCUUAGGUUUGAGGGAUCAAUUUCGUCCAGCAGAUACCCACAAGGAUCUGCCAUCUUUUCAGAUUCAGUUGAAAGUAUCUGAUGGCCCCCAACAUGAGGACCUUGUAUAUGACAAGACCUGCCGACGGUCGUCCCUGGGUGCCGAUUCCCUGUUGGACCAAGAUUUCACAGACGACGCCGCGCCUCUUGAAGGGGACGCUGCCGGGGGGAGCUCCGUCUUCACGUCCCUCGACACGGUGCUUGGGUAUCAGUACGCCGACGAUAUAUAUGCGAUCAAGAAGGCGAUGGAGGAACACUACCAUCCGUAUAACUGCAUGGCGGAUCAGCCCCAGGUAACCGAGUACAUGCGCUGCACUUUGGUCCACUGGCUGAUUAAAGUGAACCACCAGCUCCAGUUCGGCCCAGAGACGGUGUUCCUGGCGGUGAACCUGGCAGACCGGUUCCUCGUGGUGACGCCGCUCGCCCAAGACUGCCUGCAGCUCCUGGCGGUUGCGGCCUUGUUCGUAGCGGCGAAGAUGGUAAGCGAGGGGUUGCUUCUGGAGAAAAUGGUACGUUGCCGGGCAAAAUGA